GGCCGAUUAAAUUAUAUAUUUUUUUGGUCGAAAGGAUUAAAAGAAAAGGUUCAUAGAAAUGCUUGAACAUUCUGCAAUAUUUCUCAAAACAAACGAGGUAAUAAGAGCAGUCAUGGCGUCUCGAUCAUUUCUCUUCAAUCUCCAACGGAUAUGCAGAAUCAACAGUGGAAUUGGGUCUCUUUCUAACUCAAAGAAAUGGGAAUUCAAUCACUUUCUCUCCUCUGGUACAUUGAGAAAUGAAGAUUUAGCAGAGGAAUCGAGUUCUAAGGAAAUUGAAGAUGAUCUGAAGAGUAGAAUUUUUAGGCUUAGGCUUCCAAAGAGAAGUGCCACUAAUAUUAUACACAACUGGGUUAGUGAAGGGAAUACUGUUACUGCUUCUGAGCUAAGAAACGUCUCUAAUGAACUCAGGAAGUUACAGCGGUAUAAGCAUGCACUUGAGAUAUCAGAGUGGAUGGUUACUAAUAAAGAAUUUGAGUUGAUGGACUUCGACUAUGCAACCCGUAUUGACUUGAUGACAAAAGUUUUCGGUAUUGAUGCUGCGGAACGCUACUUUGAGGGUCUACCUAUCACAGUGAAAACCAGUGAAACCUAUACUGCUCUCCUCCACUCUUACGCUGGCGUAAAACAGCUUGGAAAGGCUGAAGAGCUUUAUGAGAGAAUAAAGGGAUCAAACCUGUCCUUCACUGCUCUCACAUACAAUGAGAUGAUGACUUUGUAUAUGUCAGUUGGACAGGUAGAAAAGGUCUCAUUAGUUGUUGAAGAACUGAAACGUCAGAAGAUUGCCCCUGACAUCUUCACUUACAAUCUAUGGAUAAGUUCAUGUGCUGCAAUUCUGAAUAUUGAUCAAGUUACUAGGAUUUUAGAUGAAAUGAAGCACGACUCUGGUUGUAAUGAUGAUUGGCUCAGAUACAUUGACAUUGCGAAUAUAUAUGUUAAAGCAGGUCAUCUUGUGAAUACAGAGUCCAAUGCAGUAGUUGAAGCAGAGAAAAGUAUUACACAAAGAGAAUGGAUAACAUACGACUUCCUCAUUAUCCUGUAUGCAGGUUUACGAGACAAAGAUAAAGUUGAUCAAAUAUGGAAAUCCUUGAGAAUGACUAAACAGAAAAUGACAAACAGAAAUUUUGUUUGCAUUCUUUCUUCAUAUAUGAUGCUUGGACAUUUGAAAGAAGCAGGAGAGGUUCUUGAUCAGUGGAAAAAAUCUACUACCACAGAUUUCGAUCUUUCUGCUUGUAGUAGGCUUUUGGAUGCUUUCUCAGGCUCUGGAUUAACUGAAAUUGCAAACGACUUCCAUAUGCUUCUGAUUGAAAGAAAUUGUGAUCCCACCAAUUUAACAAAGUAACUGCUUAUUGUGGUCAGUGCGCGGCAUUGCUCAGUGAUUGGAUAUUUGGGAAGGGAAUAAAAACAAGUGCAAUAUUUUGCUGGUUUGACACAGAUGCAAGACAGAAUUUGCUGGCUAUCCAGACUACAACACGCGGUAUCACCACUGCACUCUUCUGUAUCUAAUCCUGUUCUAUUUUAGGUAAACUUGUAACAUUUAAAAUUUUGUAUCUUUUUCAUUAUCCUUGUAUCAGUGCAAUGCUCAAGGCAGCAAUCUGAUCAAAAUAACUAGGAUUGGAUUGGACGAAUUUUGAGGAGGGAGCUGAAAAAUGACAAUAACUGCAGUUGGUUUUUGUUGCUAGUUGUUUCUGUUUAUGCAUGUCUAGGUUGUGCUAGGGUGCAAUACUUGAUUCAGAUAAAGAAUGUUUCACUAUUCUUCA